CGUCUGACAGUGACAAUUUUUAUACAUAAACAAUUCGCAUUUAAAGACCUCGGUUUUUCAUCCGAAAUUAUGAGUGAAAAUGACGUUGAAUCGCUGAAAAAUCAACUCGCUAUUGCAAGAAAUGAAAUCAACAAAUUGAGACUUCAAGUGAAGAAUCUCACAUAUGUGCAGCGCAAGGAUGUGGAACAUCUGCAGCAGAUCCUCAAGAAUUUCAACUGCGAAAAUUGCAAGCAAACUGAGGAAAAUAAGAAAAACAGCAACGAUGCCAAGCUUGUUCAAUCAGCAACUGACGACGCAUCAUGCAUUCAAUUGCGACCAAUCGGUGUAAUACGGACAGCAUUCCCUGAGAAGCGAGCAGUGCCCAGACAAUCAGCCGUUGCCACAACCCUUCAAGGGACCAUUGAAUUAAAUUCCGACCACUUCACAAACCCAGAGCAUUCACUUCAAGGACUCGAAGAAUUUUCACACAUGUGGAUCAUAUACCAUUUCCACAGGAACAAUUCUCAUCCUAAAGCAAAAGUCGCUCCUCCCAGACUUGGAGGCGAACGCGUUGGAGUAUUCAGCACUCGAUCGCCACAUCGCCCUUGUCCGAUUGGGCUUUCGCUGGUUGAAAUUGUGAAAAUCGAAGAUGCCAAGAUAUCUUUCAGUGGCACUGAUAUGGUCGACGGAACUCCUGUUCUUGACGUUAAACCCUACAUCCCAUUUUAUGAUGCACCUGCAUCAUUCGAAGGCUACACAGCCACUAUGGAUCAACCAGCUGACUUUUACGACUCUCGGCAAGAACCAGAUGGCGAAGAAUCAAAUAUUGAACGGGCCAAUGGAGCAGCUGCUCAUGUACAACCUCGAAACUGCAACAAGAUCCCAACCAACUCAGCUGUAAAAAUACCCAACUGGAUUGCAGCCAAUCAUCCAUUAACCGUGCUUUUUAAUGAAAGAGCCGAAUCACAAAUAUCAGAAUUGCAAAUUGAUCGUCGCGGCAUUAUUGAUAUCCUCGAGACAGAUCCUCGAUCAGUUUACCUUCGCACUAAGCAUGGAUCACAAAUUUUCACAUUUCAAUUAAAUGAGGUGACAGUUACCUGUAAAUUUGAUGAUAAGAACUCAUCGGUGACUGUCGUUCAAGUUCGAAAAACUGAAAACGUUCGCGGUGAUGAUGUUGCAAUGAAUUAGAUGGAAGCUUACCGGCCUGGACUACUUUUUCCUGAAGCGUACCCGCUUGGAGAUUGUCAUGAGUCUAUUGAGUGCUCAUAGCGGCACCUUGUGAUUUUAGCAUAAAAUUUUUACGUAAACACAUGGUGUGACUAUCACAGCAUUAAUCAUUUUUAUUUAUGCUUUUAGUAGAGAAUAUACUAUCAUAUCAAUAC